AUGUCAACAGAAGAAUCUUCCUAUGCGGCAACCGUUGAUGUUGAUGAUAUUGACGAGAAUGAGGAUAAUGAACAUGAAAAAGAAUCAGAUACAGAGGCACAAUUUGAAGAUGUCCAACAUAUUCUGAACACAUUUGGCACUCACAUCACAUCGUCAUCUAAUUCUGCGCAACCGUCUCGGUCGCUACAACAAAAUCAACAUCUAUCCAUUGAAUAUUUUGAUUCUCUUCGUUAUGAAAUUAUGUACGAAAUUUCAAACGUUGAAAAACAAUUUGAACAAUUAAAAAAUCUUUUGUACGAUGAUAGUGUAUCAUUAAUCGAUCGUAAAUUACAAUUGGUUCAAGAUGAGCAAGCACCCGAAUAUGAACAUGAAUUACGAAAAUUAUAUGAUGAAAUGCAAAUACGAUCAGAAAUAGCUAAACAACGACGUAAUAUUGAGUUGCAAGCGUUGGAAAAUAGUAGUACGAGUGAAUUAUUAAGUUUACAACAGACAUUAGAAAACGAUAAAUAUAUAUUGAAAAGUGGAAUGAAAGAAGAUAUUGAACGAAAAAUUAAUGAAUUAGAAACAUUAAAAUCCAAAACACGUCUAUGUAUUCAUAUUCUUCAAGAAAUGUUUCCACAAGAAAUUAAUAUUAAAAAACAUUUAAAUUCUGUUGACGGUAAUACAAAAGAAACAACAAUGACUGCAAUAACAAAGAAAAGACGUGGAGGAGGGGCUGGUGGAAAUACAUCAUCAACAACGACAAUUCAAUCAAAUGGACAAGCAGUAUUCUAUCAACUAUCGGAUAUUGACAUACUGGAAGAUUGGUCUGUGAUUAAAAAAAGUUUAUGGAAAGAAGAAGAAGACGUGUAUGAUGAUAUUAGUUAUUCUGAUGCAAAGAUAAUUAGAAAUGAUUUUGAAAACGAAGGUGGUGGUCGAAAUAGUAGUAUAAUGUCAAGCGAAGAUGAAGAAAACAGUGUGUAG